GCUUGCUACGAUAAUUCAACAAGUAACUUAUGGGACCACGUCAAUGCCAAACAUCCCGAGCUUCCGGUGAACCAAGGAACUGUGACCAAUUUUGCUCGUGGCUCGACAUACACUCCCGAGAAGCUCCGUCUCUAUGAAGUCUUCUGGUGCUGCUCGUCCUCUCGACCGUUCUCAAUCGUCACCGAUGAAUGGCUUUUGAAGAUCUUCAGUAUGUUCCACCCUGGUUUCAAGGAUUGGUCUGAACAGACGAUCUCGCGUGAUACCCACGAGAUCUUUAAGAUCGGUCAGAAGAACAUCACAAAGGCUACUCCAGGCCGAAAGCACAUAGCAUUCGAUGGCUGGUCCUCCGCAAACGCACUCACAUUCAUCGGGCUCAAUCUCUACAUGAUCUAUAACGGCGAACUCUGCUCCAUCCUACUUGAUUACGUGCCC